AUGGCGCAGAACGCUAAGAAAAGGAAGGAGACGAACGAAGAAGUGAUCAACGUUGAAGGAAAUCAGUCAGGAACUACAAUUUGCAACGAAAUCAUGCGAUAUCAUAGAGAAUAUCGACCAGCUCACUGCAUGCUUCAAAUUAAGUCACAUUCAGGACUAUCUGCUAGUAAGCUUGAACGAUAUGAAUCUGAUGUAUUUCAAACUGGUGGUUAUCGGUGGGGGAUGAUUUUGUAUCCUCAUGGAAAGAGUGAAGUCAACAAGGAUGGUCAUAUCUCUCUGUACUUAGCGAUUGCAGACCAAGAUGAGCUCCCUGUUGAUGGGGAAGUCUGGGUUCAUUUUAAAUUUUUCAUCCAUGAUCAGAUGAAUGACAAGUACAUGGUCAUUCAAGAUGCUCAAAACCACUUGAAACGUUUUUAUUCGGCGAAGAUGGAGUGUGGAUUUGAUGAAUUGCUUUCGCUGGAUUUAUUCAGAGAUGUUAAUUAUGGGUAUCUUCUUGAUGAUUCUUGUGCAUUUGGAGCUGAGGUCUUCGUAGCCGAAUGUACUGCAAAAAGAGAAUGUGUUACCACUGUACUAAAGCCUCCAGCAUAUGGUACAUAUAUGUGGAAAGUUAAGAAACUUGUCGAAUAUGUGGUCGGAUUCGUAUAAU